AUCGACAUCGACCAUUUUGUCAUUUUACAAUUUUUGUCGCGUGUUUAGCUUUGUAUUUUAUUCGGUGUUAAGCUUUAUAGCUUUAAUUUUACCAAAAUAUCUCGAAACAGGUCAAACAUGUCGAGACAUAGAGAGUGGGAACUUUCUUGUAAAGUUUAUGUAGGCAAUCUUGGUUCAUCGGCUAGCAAACACGAAAUCGAAGCCGCAUUUGGCAAAUAUGGACCGUUGAGAAACGUUUGGGUAGCUCGAAGUCCCCCGGGAUUUGCAUUUGUAGAGUUCGAAGAUACUAGAGACGCCGAAGAUGCCGUUCGAGGUUUGGAUGGAACGCGUUGUUGUGGUACCAGAGUAAGAGUAGAGAUGUCAAAUGGACGCUCUAGACGAGGAGGUGGUGGUGGAAGAAGAGGACCUUCCCGAUAUUCAAGGUCUAGAUCCCCGAGACGUUCCAGAAGUCCGAGAUCUCGUUCUCGCAGCCGAGAUUCCAGAGGACGAUCAGAUUCAAGAGACAGACGUUAACUUUUAAGAUUUAUCAUUUAAUAUAUAAGUUGAAGAAGGAAAGAUUUUCUGGAUGAUAAGUAUAAUCUUGAUAUUUUACAGUUUUUACAUUGAUUUUUAUUUCUAAGUUUGUAUUUUGUCUAUAUUAGUCUCGUAUUUUGACUUCAUAAUCAAAUAAUAAAGAAAUUAGGUGUAA